AACUGUAUCAAGGGUGGACUAGGGUACUAGAACAUAUCUCACUUCAAUGCCACGUGAUUAUAUUUAGAUUACGAGAUUUGUAUUUGCAUAAAAAGCGCCGCGAUCUGCGUGUGUGUGCGUGUGUUGGUGACAUUCAAUCCAGCGUUGGCGCUGAUACGCGCACGAUUCAUAUUGGAUAAACCUUUGGAUACAUUCUCUAUCUCUGUCAUAUAUUUGACGACAGUCUAACAUGGCUGACAAGAAGUUCAUUGAUGAGGUGUUGGCCGCCCAUAAUCAUUACAGAGGUCUCCACCAGGUGCCGCCAGUUACUGUCAACCCGAAGCUCAACAAAUUCGCCCAGGACUGGGCCGAUCAUUUAGCCAAGACAGACUCAUUUGCACAUAGCAAAUGUGACUUAAACGGAACGCGUCUUGGGGAGAAUAUAGCUAUGAAAAUGUCAAGCAAUGCACAAGAUUAUAAAGGGAAGGAUUUUGUUGACCAAUGGUACAGCGAGGUGGAGAGAUACGAUUUUAAAAAGCAUGGCGGUCCAAGCACAGGUCAUUUCUCGCAAGUCGUGUGGAAAGGCUCGAAAGAGAUCGGUGUGGGCCGUGCCAUCCUAAAGGGAGGCCAGAAGGUUAUCGUGGUCGGCAGCUACUCUCCCGCCGGGAAUAUGAUGGGCGACAAUAAUAAGAAUGUCUUCCCAACGAAAGAUGGGAAGAUCACCUUGCCAGAGAAGGGUGGACCACCAAAGGGAGCAUUGAAACCAGGGUCGGCAGGAAAGGGCCGACCAGUGAGUCCAGGGCGGGUGGGUGGCCCAUCCCUCAGCAAGCCCCCGCCAGCGGGCAUCCCAGCCGGUUAUACCUCAGUCUCAAGAGAAACGAUGACGCGCCGAGGCCCUGACGGGAAAACGGAGACCACGGUGAAGGAGACGUAUAGUUACCCCGAUGGCUCGAAACGAACUGUGGAGAAACGCGAGAUUAAAUCAGACGGGACGCCGGGCAAGAUUACACCCCCAGCUCAAGACCUGGAGAAACGAAUGAACGAUAUGAAGAUGAACGCAGCCAACAGGCCAGGGUCGGGUUCAAAAAGCAGCAGCAGUAAUGCUGCGUUCAUCGACGAGGCUCUGGCGGCCCAUAACCGAUACCGGGCCAAACACGGCGCACCCGCCCUCAAACACAACAAGAAGUUGAGCGGCAUCGCUCAAGGAUGGGCCGACCACCUUGCCAAGACCGGGGAAUUCAAACAUAGCACGAACAAAUUCCAGGGCAAUAACCUCGGCGAGAACAUCGCUUCGAAGAUGAGCAGCUCAGGAGCAGAUUAUGAUGGCCAAGCAGUGACAGACCAGUGGUACAGCGAGGAGAAGGACUAUAGCUACGGUAACCAAGAGAGUAUGGGAAAAUCAGCGAAGCGAAGGAGAGGUCACUUCACCCAGGUGGUAUGGAAGGGCUCGGAAGAAUUAGGAAUCGGGAAGGCCAUUAAGGGGAAUAAGUGUUACGUCGUUGCUAAUUACUACCCAGCGGGAAAUAUGAUGCGUGCUUUCAAUGACAAUGUCGGCAGACCAAAGUAAAACUCGUGGUCUUCAAACCAUAUUGUUUUCGCGGUAGAGGUUGAUCAUAUCACAACCUGGGCCCGGUUGUUCAAAAGCACAAAAGUCACGUUAUCCCGAACGGUUACGUUAAGUGUCCAUAAUGACGUUAUCUCUUUCAGUUAAUCCCAUUAGAAUUUUCAUGUUAAGACUUAACGACUCCGUUAAAGCUAACGUUGUUUUGAACAACUCAGCCCAGGGGGCUAUAAUGUGCCAAAAACAUAAUAAUGUGCAAAUGUGCAAAUGUGCAGGUCGACAGGGUCUGUUUGGGGUUAUUAAGUUACCCGCCGCUCCGUUUUGGAGAUUCACCUUUGCGAUUUGGCGGAUUUCAUAUCACCUGUAAGACAAAUUUUGUUGGUUAGCACAAUUGACACAUUGAUCACUUUCGAGGGAUACUGAAAUGAUCAACAUGUACCUUGCAGCGGAGAAUUACCGUAUCAGGGAGAGACAUAUAUUAUUCAUCGUAAGUAUAUCUGUGACCGUAGUGUGGGGCGUAAGAGCCAGUAAAAUAUGCGAAUGGGAGCUGGCCAGUACGUUCAUCACCGCUAUCCUAUCGACACAACCUCUGCCACGGGAGUGCUGAGUGCUGCACAAUCGAGGUGAUGUAAACACGCGCGCCUUGGAUUUUCCGCAGGAUUAACAACAGGGGUCGCUGCCUAACAAAAUAUUGGCGACUGCAGCGCAACUUAGCAGAUGUUGUCGUCCACAUACGUCACUAGUAGCGCAUGGACAACCUGGGGACUUCACGUGGAUAGCAUUAUGUUAUUUCUAGGGACAUCUAGUGAGCGGUGUAGGUACUAUUAUUGCUGUUAGCAUCCCCUUGUCUGUCAUCCAUGCGGCUGAUACAUUUUUCAUUAUUCAGGAAUAUAUUGUUUAUCAUAGGAUAUUUGUUUCAUAAAUGAUAUGUUACUAUUUUCGAUAUUGAUGUGACUGACAUGUUUAGAAUGGUGGCAACUUGUUAGUGCUGAGGCAUAAGGUAAAACAUACCAAUUGUUAAAACCCAGGUUUUUUAUCUCUUGUGGCGGAACAUCGUGUGAAAUGUCGUUUUAUGGGUGACACUUUUAACUGUAAUCAAUGUGUACGGGGUGGUACAUGUAUAGUCCUGGUGCAAUUAUAGCGUGUAGAAAUGUGUACUUUUGGGGGUUUUCUGAAUUGUAAGCGCUAUUAUUGUAUCAGGGAUGUAAUUGUACCACGUUGCUUAUCGUCUUGUAUGUUACUCGGCAAGGGAUAGCGACGAACACGGUUGGUUAGCGCUGAAAUAUAUUAUGGACACGACAUCAAAGGCUUGACCCAAAGUAAGUUAUAGUAAUGAAGAUAUUUAUGCAAAUACUAGCGACAAUCAUGCCAUGAGUUUGAAGUGAAGUGUAGAACGCCACACAUCCAUCCAUUUCGAAAUAUUUGAGUUAAACAUGCCCUAGCGUUGUUUAUGAUAUGAGAAACUAUCAAGCUAACUAAUUGCAAGGAACUGAGCUGACUGUUAUGAAAUUGAACAGCAAUUCCAGUCUCGAAAGAAUUAUAAAGCUGACCAUAUUUCCUCGUCCCAUGCAAUUAGUGGAUACUGGCGUGGAACUUUUUGCAUCUGAGUUCUCUGAAUAUGACUGAAUUGUCUCCUUCUCACGUUGUCUCCUUUAGUGGCCAGAAUGAAAAAUACUCUGAUCUCCCCUUAAGAGGUCAGUGAUGAGCCUUUGGAUUUCCAUGCACGUGAAGGGCUGACUCAUUGACCGCUUAGAAAGGAGAUUAUAGUUAGUAUCCUAGUAUCUAUAUUGGCCACAGACUUAUCUGUUCUAUAACCUACACCACAGAAUGGGAUGUGUAGACCAAAUGCCCAUGACUUAUAUAUAUUUGCAUAUAUGAUAAUGAAUAUUCAUCACAGCAAUAUCACCUUGCUCAACUACAACACAACACUCUCUUCCAUUUCGAAACUAUUCGUUGUUAGGUUUACUUGUUCAAGAGUUGUUAUUAACGUUGAAUUACAAUUAGUCAUUGUUGUGUCUUCGCUGUGUACAAGAAAACAGUGCUAUACAUUCCAGAGGAAAGAUCUUUUGAUAUCAUUCCUUUGUUAUGCAGGGUAUAGCUCUCUCUGUAUAGCACUGAUCGCUUGUGACGCAUGUGGCGUGUUUCGAGCAUUGUUAUCCCGCCAUCUUCUCCUUGUAUCACAGCAACACACUUUCUUACAUGGUUUCGUUUUAACGAGAAACUUUUUUGGUACUAAUGCCUGUGGCUUUCUCCGUCGAAUCCCUGGUUUUACUAAGGAAGAAAUAGUCGAAAGUGUUUAUGUUUUACUGUUUUAUGUGAAUUGAGGUUCCCCUGGUGCCAGUAGUUGGUGCAGAUUACCAGUUAGGUAUAAGCUGCCUCCUAUUGGACAUCUCUACAUUUGAAAGACCCCCUCUAUGUUCAUGACAACAUACGCCAAAGGCAAGAUUAAGGUAACUGACGGCUUGGUUAAGACUGCGGAAAGCGGUGAGGUCAUCGAAAUGUGCCCGCUUUACGUGAGGUAUAACACAUAACUGUUAUUUAAUGUUAAUUCAGUAAUUUGGGACACAAGACGGUAGUGUCAAGAAUAGACCAUUCCUUAUAUUAUGGAUGUCAUAAUGUUUUAAAGCACUUAUCUUUGGACGAUCUUUACAGAUGAAUAUUUUUCUGCAUUAUGUUUUCACGCACUCAAGCACCACGUAAAUGAGCGAUUUUUAUCACUGCGACCUGUGAUCAUGAUUGCAUGCAAGCAAUAUUGUUCAUUUCGACAUAAAUCGGUUAUCGCUGCAACAUGAUAGCAUUAUCAAACCCAGUGAUUACCAGUGUUUUCCGUAGACGAGCGAUCUUUUCAUCGCCCAUCCCCUAGAUAAUUGGCGCAGAUCGUAGCGACAGAAAUCGCUUGUGUGCCUGGCUUUCAUCGGACGAGGAUAACUGUCAAGAAGUAAGAACAGAAUACCUAAGUGGCGUAAUAACUUGGCGGCCAUUUUUAAAGAACAGUUACAAAUGGCAACUGGAGUAAACGAAACUAUUAUUUCGCUAGUUGAUGUUUAAGUUUCCUGCAUUGCCUGGCGAAACGUAUUUUGAAAAUGGCGCCAAAAUAAGUUCACAAUCGUCGUAUGACCUAGGUUAUUUACUAGUAUACAUGUACAUUGUAUGUCAUUAUGUCAUCAUGUUUUAACGCAUUACACUGUACGACGACGACGAUCUUUACUGUAAAGAACAUAUAAUUGCAUGCGUCAUUGUUUUAAUAUACUUCAUUGAGGAAGAUCAUUUCACCAACUCAUUAUUGUUUUAUCAUAAUGAUUCCAAAUAAACUACACAGGAGUGCCUUCCAUUCGA